AUGGAGGCCGAAUUGUCCAAAGAGCUGCGCGAAGCUGCUGACCAACUCCUGGACAUAGUGGCACCCAUCCAAGCAUCCGCAUUCCCACCUUCGCCCCACCUUCAACAGAGACGUCAACAGGCCACCCCGAAAAACAUUGCCAACGCUGUUUCCCCACUCAGAGCUGCUACGUUCUCGGCUAAUUCCAAGAUCGAGGUACUCCACUCGCCCUCUGACCUAAGGCCUUGGCAAUGGCCUGCGGCUCCAUCCUCCGCUGCAAGCAACCAACUGCGUACCCACGGCAGUCCAUCUACAACUGCUGCACAGCCCUCGCAUGAGCCAAUCCAGAUUGAACUUGGCUCCAAUUUUGUAGAUGACCCGGAUGAUCAUCUUCCUUCGCGCGGCCUGAGCAGUCGCGUUCGAUCCGUCAAGGCUGCUGCAACCCACCAGCACGACCAUGUAGCCCCGCAAGUCCUAUCAACUCAUCUUACGGAAUAUUCCGAUCCACAGUACAAACCUCCAUCACCUAGCAAACUCAGGGUACGCACUCCGAUCAAUGACAUCUACAUCAAUCAGUACGGUGAACGUGUUGUGCAAGGCAAGGUCGUCGGUCGCACCCUCGGCGGCAGACCAAAGCCUGUGUCUCAUGAUCGCGAUACUCUGCACACGACCAAUGACAGCAUUAUAGAUCGAUCACUCUCAUUUCCGACUCAGUCGACGUCCCCGCUGCCGGCAUCUGAGCGUUUGGCCGGAACCGCAAAUACAUCAAGCCCUCCACCAUUCUUCCUCGAGUCGUUUCCAGACGCAUUCCAGCCUAAAGCCAGCACGAGUACUGCAAGAUCUCCAUCACCAGAAAAAAAUUCAGAGCGGAGGCCAUCCAAAGGUGGUCCACCGACCAUCCUUAAAGCCCCUUGUGCAGUGGCAGGCGCUCUAACCCUGGCGCAAUUUGACCAUGUUGAAGACGCUUCAUUGCUACCAGAUGCAAGCUUUCGAACAGCUUCUGACUUUGACUCGCCAACUCCCAAAUUAUUCAAGCAGCUGUCACUCUCACCGAGACCCAGAAAAGCGAGGUUAUCGUCCGAAACCUCGACCAGGCCCGAAGGCGAGGAUCUGACGGCUGGACUGAGUGGCUUACAGUUGCACAAUACAGACCGGGCCAGCAGCCCUGUAGACCACAAAGACUCAGCGUUUUUGACCCCCAGCGGAGGCGUAGCGUCCAUGGAUAGUGCAAGGUCAAAGCUCGGUCUGCCUUCCUUUCGUCGACCAACACCGACCAUCGAGCUGAGCCAGGCGAAAGCGGAGCCCGUCGUUUUGCAUGGCAAUCGAAGGCAAGCUAUCGCGUCAGGUGCUGUUCAGUCGCAAGACGAAACGAGUAGCAGUGGCGCUUCCGGAUACGCCUCACCAGCUGUCUCACCGCCGACAUCGUCCAAAGCCUUGCCAAACGUUCAAAGCGGAGUACAACAUAUAGGAUCAACUUACGAGUACGCCCCGUCAAGCAUGCUCCCACGACUCGAGUCAGCUUCGGAGCCUUCAAGUCUGCUUUUGCCUCCACAUCGCAGUCGCGUUAUACACGGGAAUUGUGCAAGAGAGGACGACCAAGCCGACGCGAACGACUACGUUGACCAUGUCGACAAUGCAUCCCUUGAAUCGGCGCCUUCCUCGCUUGUCUCGCUGCCAGUUUCGAACCUGACCUCGUCUUCGCGCUCUCUCAGUCAUCACAGUCUAGAGCGACGACGCAGUGGCGGCAGUACUUUCUCAUAUAGGCGGCGUCAAUCGCCGUCCUCGAUGCGCCGUUCUACCUCGGACGUUUUUGCGCGCGAGAUCCGUAUUCGAGGCUGGUCCGAAGUCGGCUCGCAAGCACGCGGCUGGGUGGUCUUCGAGCUGCGCAUCAUCACGAAACAGGGUACGCCGAUCAUCGCGCACAAACGCUUCUCGUCGUUUGUCAAGUUGCGCACCACGCUGCUCGACGAGUGCAAGGACCAGGCAAAAUGGUUGCCCCAGUUGCCAACGCGAAGAACGGGUCUCCUGAGCAAAUAUGAUGCAAAGUAUCUGGAAAAGCGGAGGAGAGCUCUGCAGAGGUGGUUAGAGGUCGUAGCGCUAGAUAGGGUGUGGGGCGCGAGCGAGGCGCUGAGAGACUGGGUGUUGGCGAGUGAAUAG